AAGCUAAGAAAACGGCAUUUUGGCAUCUUUGAUUUCUUGAUUCUCAGCAUCUCCCUUUCUCUCUCUUCCCUUUAAAUAAACUCCAUCUCUCUUUCUCUCUCCUCCAUCACUCACUAACUCCUUUUCUUCCCACCAUAACCACCACAUUUUCCACCUAAUUAAUUUAAUCAAACCAAUCAAAAUGAACGGCCUUGAUUCAUCCUUUGAGGUCUUGGCCUUUAUCCCAGUUAAUCUUGGCCCUUUAUUAUCCGCCACGGUAAACAAUCUCUGGGCCUGGCUCGCCGUCAUCACCGCCGCCUUUAGCUUCUGGCGCCUCCGUUCCUCCUCCUCCCACGUUAUUUUCCCUCCUCCACCUCCACCACCAUCAAAACCAAUAGAACCAACUCCGACGACGUCGUUUGACGGAAAUGGCAUUGCGGAGGAGAGCGAAAAUGUAGAAGAAGAAGAAGAAAAGGAGGAGGAAAGGGUGUUGACGAGGGGUAACAGUAAAAAGUUUUUUACUGUUUUCGAAGAGGAUAGAGAAAAUGAUCAAGAGGAUGACGAUGAUAAUCAUCACGAUGAGAUGGACGGUCAGGAUGAAGUUGAGGAGGAGAAGAAUGAAUGGGUGGUGAUUAAGAGGUGGGGAUCAUCAUCAGAAUUAACGGUAGAGAUGAGAGGUGGUGAUUUUGGUUGGUAUAGUUACCAAAAUAGGAAAGUGAUUGAUGGGAGUGUGGUUAGAUUGUGGAGGGAGGAGAGAGAAAAUGUUACCGUCCGUAAAAACUUUGUCUACUCACCGCGUAAAUUAUCCGCCUCUAAUAGCUUCUAAACAGGUCAUGGGAUCAAACCUGACACGGUAAAAUAUUCUUUAAAAUCGCGUAUUAGAGAUUGGUAACUUUCGAAUGGGGGUAGAUGUAGCGAUGUCUCGUUCGAUUGGAAGUUACGGCAUUAUUAUGGUGUUAGGGUGAAGUAGAGGGAUUUAUUAGUUGUUGGUGACUUGAAUUGGUGGGUUAAUCAUUGAUUAACCAAAUAAUUUUUUUCCUAGCUACUAAACUUAAUUAUUAUGCUAUUAAAAUUAAACUAUGUAAUUACUCGGUAUUAUUGAGUACUUCAUCAAUUGUAAUUGUACAUAUACAUUAGUUAAUGAUAAAAUCAAUAAUAUAUUUACUCAUUAAUCCAUUA